GUCUGUCAGCAAGCCAGCGCCUGUCGGUUGGGCUGCAGGUGUUCUGUUCACAGCCAAUAUUUAUCAGCGCCGCCACAGAUGUGAGCGGCUCCGAACGAUGGCGUGGCGCCGGCCCGGCAGUGUGCGGCGGCCCGACUCGGGAACACACGCCAUCGCACAACACGCGGAAAGCAGCGAGAGCAACCGAAGACGCGGAACAUGCUGCGGCAUUGGCUGCUGACCUCAGUGGCCGCGGGUCUGUGCAGCUGUGGCUGGGCCGGUUUCCCUGCCGUGGAGCCCACUCAGGGAGAGCCAUGGCCGGCGCCGUCUGACCUCCAGCUCGGCGACACCGCGCUGCUCAUUCCGAUGCCCGACCAGCUCGAAUUCCGCGUCACCGGUCACAGCUGCGACUCCCUGACAGCGGCCAUCUCGCGGUAUCAGGCGAUCGUGGCUGGUCUGGCGGCACCGCGGCCCGGCCGCAGGCGCCGGCCCACCGGCACCCCCGCUCGGCGCGUGUCUGCUGAGCUGGCUCGUGUCGACGUCAACUUGACCACCGAGUGUUCAAUGCCCUACCCAGAGUUCGGCAUGGACGAGAGCUACCGGCUGGAGGUGGCCUCGUCGGGCGCCACCUCCGGGCUGGCGGCGCUGACCGCCGACACGCUCUGGGGCGUUCUGCGAGGCCUGGAGACCCUCGUUCAGCUGAUGUACGCUAACGGCGUCGGGGGUCUGUACGUGCGGGAGGCAUCGGGCAGCGACGGGCCGCGCUACUCGCACCGCGGCAUCUUGCUGGACACGGCGCGCCACUUCUACCCGGUCACCGCCAUCAAGGACAUGCUGGACGUGAUGGCCAUCAACAAGUUCAACGUCUUCCACUGGCACAUCGUUGACGACCAGUCGUUCCCGUUCGUUAGCGAGACGUUCCCGGCGCUGGCGGAGGGCGGCGCCUACGCCGAAGACAUGGUGUACUCGCAGCAGCAGGUCCAGGACAUCAUCGAGUUUGCCAGGCUGCGCGGCAUUCGCGUCAUCCCCGAGUUUGACACGCCCGGCCACACGCGCUCCUGGGGCGUCGGGCUGCCCGGCUUCACCACCGCCUGCUACGGUGCCGACGGACAGCCGGACGGCUCCACCGGCCCCGUCGACCCCAGCAACGAGGACGUGUACACCAUGCUCUCCAUCUUCCUCACGGAGAUCUCAGAGCGCUUCCCCGACAACUACAUCCACCUAGGAGGCGAUGAGGUCCGCUUCGGCUUCGACUGCUGGUUGUCCAAUCCGCAGAUCGUGGCCUGGAUGCAGAGUCUUAACAUCACCACCCCGGAGGAGGUGGAGAACGUCUUUUUCCAGCGACUGCUCGACCUGGUUGCCGACAUUCCCGGGGACGUCCAGUACGUUGUCUGGCAGGACGCCGUCGACAACAACGUCACAGUUCGGCCGGAUACCAUCGUGGAGGUAUGGAAGGGCGGCUGGCAGGUCGAGAUGGACAAGCUGACCGCGCAGGAUCUGCGCGUCAUCCUCUCCUCGCCGUGGUACCUGGACUACAUCAGCUACGGCAGCGACUGGCACACCUACUACGACACCGAGCCGGAGAGUUUCGGCGGCAGCGCGCAGCAGAACGCGCUCGUCAUCGGCGGCGAGGCGUGCAUGUGGAGCGAGCUCGUGGACGAGACGAACCUGAUGGCGCGCCUGUGGCCGCGGGCGUCCGCCGUGGCCGAGCGGCUGUGGUCACCCAAAGGCACCGUGCGCACCGACUUCACCGCCAGCAGGAUGGAGGAGCACAGGUGUCGAAUGGUCAAGAGAGGUUACAAAGCACAGCCCGCAAAUGGACCCGGCUUCUGUUAAUGGGCCGUCACAUCAAUUAAUAUCAGUUACAGUUCAGGCGUCAUCACCAGAAUGGCGAUGGUAGACAUUUAUUGAGUUCUGUUAGGCUAGUUUAUGUUCAUCAGGCCUUGCGCUUUUAAAAUCAAGUAAAUGGAAUCAAACACGAAAGCAAAGUUUGCAUCUGUCAGUGUCGUCUGUCAUUCUGUCGUCUGUCGUCUAUCAUGGUCUGUCAAUGUCAAAAAAUAGUUUCUUUAGGCUACGUUCAAAUGAUGCUACCAUGCUUUCAAAGCAAUAGCUGUCAUUCAAGAAAGUUUUCUAUCUUCCAAAACGUUUGAGCCGAUAUUGUAUCGCCUUGCCGUGACAGUCCCAAUUGACACGCAUUGCGUGGCUGUCAAUUUGUGUCUCCAUUAACUUGGGUCCGGUGUUCAUUUGCGCAAAUGCGAAAGCCGAAAGUAACCAAUUAUAAUCAUUAAUCAUCGCUAUCAAGCAGCCAGCAAUUGAAGGCAUUCUAUAUAAAAUACAAACCGCGAUUUAGAGCGAGCGCUUAAAGGGACUAUCCCACCUUUAACAUGGGGUUUGAGUUGAGAUAGCCAAGUUUGCGGCGAGGUUCAGAAACCACUAUCUAUCUAGGUUGCAACCCCCGCGGCCUCUUGGUGUUGAAGAAAUUCGUUCCCUUCAUUUGAAAAUGGGCCUUGUACAAGGCCCUAUCUUCAACAUGGAGCGACCGUUAGUGUGACUUCACCUCGUUUAGUCAUUCUGAUUUAAAUGGGUUUGUUCGUUGAAAAAUCGCUUAAAACUUGGUCUGAACUUUGUUGUGGUGCCUACAGAGUAAAAAGAAUCAGCUUUAUGACAGUAAUGUGGCCUGGGGAAGGAGGUAAUUUUGGGCUGUGACGUCACAUAUUUGAAAGUUUGUGUUUGGAAUAUGGGAAGCCUAAGAUGUUUAAUGAAAAAUAAAUGCCAGAACCGUG